AUGGGCGGCCGCGGGUGGGUGUGCGCGGGGCGCUGCGCGGCCGGGGCGCGCUCGCUGUAUAUAGGCAGGUGUCAAGCGGGGCGCGCUUCUUAUUGGACGUGCGGCCCACAGGCGCGGGGGGCCGGCCCAGGAGGACAUUUGCAUACGGCCGCGCGCGGCGCCCGCACGGUCAAGUCCGCGGUCCACGCUCCCGCGGGCGCGUCCCGGGGGCCCUCGACGGCAGGAGCGCAGCCUCGGCCGGGACCCCGCUGGCCCACGGCGGCCCCGCGAGCCUUAGCGCUGGCCGGCCCGGACGAGAGGCGCCCGAGCUCCGGCGGCCCCGCCGAGCCCCGCGCCCUUCCCUCCACUCGCUCCUUCUCCUCCCCGCGGGGUCCCGAGCAGCCUGAGAGCGCCUUCGCCCAGCCUUCCACGUGGCGCGAAGGGCGCGUGGCCACUGGGUGGGGCGAUAGAUGCUCCCCACGCUCCCAGGGAGAACCUUCUGGAACCGCCGACGCCGCGCUGGCCCCCGCCAGGCUUCUCAGCCCAACUGCUGCCCUCUGCCGGCCCCGCGGCCUAGCAGUGCCGGAGGCCGUGGGCUUCUUCUGCCUUUGGGUUGCCUGGCUAUCCCGGGUCUUGAUGUUCUCCUUCCAACCCUUUCCUUCCCUCUGUCCCAACCACACCCGGAAACACGCGAUUUUCUGUUGCUCUUCUGGGCAUCCUGUCAGACCUCUGGGCACAAUGCUGGAGGACACUUUAAAACUAGAUGAAGAGCCUUGUUUCCCCGACCAGCCAGUAUGCCUGGAUCGUAGGAUUUAUCAACAUUUGAUGCAGUAACCACACUUUAAAAGAGGGAAGAAAUGAAGAUCCCCGCUGGCAGUCUUUUCUGCCAGGCCUGAGGAAAAUGGCAUCAGCGCCCUCUGCAGCUGAUGGAAAACAUCUUGGAGAUUCAGAAACAUUUUAGAUAGAAGAUGGUUUAGAAGGAAGACUGUCAUUAAAAUAUCUUUAAAAAAUAAAAUUUGUUGAAAAACCAAAUAAAAUAAAAUAAAAUAAAAUAAAAUUUGCCAUAGAAAAUAUACUUAGAACCUGUUCACAUACACUUUUAGAGAUAGAGUUGUGUGAGUCACAGAUUAGCCACAACUAUUACAACUAUGUCAGGAUAGGAGAUUUUUACAUUUAUAUUGUGUUGGGGGAGGAUUG